CUGAGCCGGCCUCUGUUUUUCAAUCUUUUUCCCUCUCUGUUGUACAGACUGGAUCGUGUCUAUCGAUCUGUCUUCAGGUUCACUGCCUCUUCCCUCUGUCGUCUUCCUUCUACUUUUGAGUCCAUCUAGUGAGGCUUUUAUUUUGGUUAUUAUAUUUUUAGUUCCAAAAUAUCCAUUUGAUUCCUCUUUAUAUUUUCUACUUCUUUGCUGAGAUGUCCUCUUUCUGUUUUUUCAGGAGCGUUUCCUCUUACUUGUUGGAGCAGUCCUAUCAUGCUUACGUUGUCAGAUAAUCCCGACAUGUCCGUCAUCUCAGCAUUGGUGGACUUUCUGCAUUCUAGUUGAGAUUGUCAUGGUUCUUGGUUUGCUGGGUAAUUGAAGGUUGUAUCCUGGACACUUUGAAUAUUACGCUAUGAGACUCUGGUAUUGUUUAAGUCCUGUGGAGAAUGUUGCUUAAUGAACAUUCUCUUGUAUUCUGCUUUUUAAAUUCAGUGUCUGAAGUAGUCACAUGGUUGACUUCCCAACAUUCGUUCCACCCAGACACAACAAAGCCAAACACGGUAAUUCUAUUUCCAUUUUAAUAGUGGCUUACAAGGGGGCAUGUGGCCCAAGGGAAAGUCAGUUCCAGGAUUCUGGGAAAAGAGACUAAGGAGGAAACUGCUCAUCCCUUCUCUUGGAUGUUGUCAGUACUGGGUGUGAUGUGUGGAACCCCUACAGCCUUCUUGGUACCAUGAGGCUAAACAGCCUUAGGAUGAAGUUAAUACUGAGGAUGGAAGGAAAGAGGUAGAAGGACCUUGUAUCCUUGAUGAAGAUAUUGAGAUGCUUAAUCAACCAAUCCUCAUGUCUGUCUGUCCUACCUCUCGUUUUCUUGUUAUGUGACAUAACAUACUUAAUUAUUCUUUAAGUAUAGUUGAGGGUUUUAAAAAUUUUGCUGCUAAAGACACUGAACUGAUAUGAUUUUAAUGUCAUAAAAUUUUGUCAUGUUUCUAUAUAACCACAAUAUUUAUAUUUUUUGUUUUAUUUUGAAAUCAUUUCAAAUUUAUAGAGAAGCCGUCACAAUAGUGACUGUACUCAUGCUGUGCCCUCAUCCGUGAUUGUCCUCUUUGCCUUCUCUGUCUUGCAGAAAUCCUACUCGUUUGUCAGGGCUUAGCUGGAAUAUUUCUGACCCAGCCAGAAUAAAUGGUUUCCUCCUCUGCAUUCUCGCGGCGUUUUCUUCCACUUCUCCGUAGAGCCUCUUUCAUUCUGCCCAUGAGUUAGACGCCAUAGAUUGUCUCGCUUUUCAGCUGUUUCGACUUCCUUCUGGUGCCUUCCUGUAUGGUCGAGGCUGAAAGGUUAAGCCCCACGUUACUCUGACUCCCUCACAGCCAGGGUUGCAGCUGGUGAUUCCGUUUCCACUAAUUAAAUGAACUUGCACAAGAUUAGGUUCAGAAUCAGGUUAAGUGGGGGGAGAGGCACUGUCAUGAGUCACCUGUUUCACUGCUGUGGUCCAGCAGGUGUGGCAGAGGUUGUGGGGCUUCCUCCUGGCCCCUGGAGUGCAGCUGGGGUGGUAAUCAUGGAGCCGGCAGCGGGGACAGUGGCUUCCUGGGUCCCCAGUGUCCUGAUCUUGUCAGAAGUAGCCAUUCCCUUGCUGGGCUAGCUCUGGAAACGUUAUUCUGGAAAUAACCUCUGGAGACCCAGCCAAGAGCCCAUUCUUCCAGUCCUUCAAUUAUUUUAUAAACACUCAAUUUCUUGUAUUAAAUUCAUUUCUGCUAAAAAUAGAGUUGUUUCUGUUAUACACAACUGACCUGUGACAGUAUUUAUCUCAAUAAGUGGUUGCAGGAGACAAAUCCUCAAGGAUGGGAGUCUGAGACUUGUGAUCUGACUUGGUUGAGUCCGAAGAUGGUGAGGAUCUCACCACCUCGGGUUACCGGUGGUCUGCAGUAUCUAGGGGGAAACAGCUACUUGAAGUCUCACCUGCGAUGAGCUGGAAUGAAGCAUCGCCUGAAGGCACGGCUUCCGCAGACCACGCAGCACCUACUACAGCACGCAAUCUAACAGGGAAUGUGAGGCUCGUAAACGAUGACUCGGCAGGAUUUGGAUAACCCUGAAUACCCUGAGCCCCCGGGGCCUCACUGAUUCUCCCAUCACUUUAUGGUUUGAAGAGAUUGGUCCUGCUUGACUCGAAGGCUCGGUGAGGCAGUCACGGGUAGGUGAUGGCAAAGCACCCCUGCUACCUUCUCCUGAUCCUAGGCCCCGAGUGUGGUCAGAUACCAGCACGCCCCAGGGGCCAGUUACAAAGUCCAGCCCACGGAGGGAGAUUUACAUGACAAAGGAACUGCAGAAUCUGCUAAUUUAUUUUGGCAGAAUCGUGGGGAAUACAUGUGGAAAUGCGUUCUAAGGGUGCUUGGUCAUGGAGGGAGUAUUAUAACUUUAAAAAAACUUUAAAAUUUGACAUAGUUUUAGGCUUACUAAGAAUUGCAGGAAUAGUACAAAACAUUAUUGUUCACCCUUCACCUGGGUUCCCCCAAUGUGAAUAUUUUGCCAUGUUUGCUUUAUCUCUUUCUCUAUUUAUGUAUGCAUGUGUGCAUAUGUGUGUGUGUGUAUACAUUUUUUUGAAACACUUGAGAGUAAGUUGUAAGCAUGAAGCCUUUUUUCCCCUAAAUACUUUAGUGCGUGUUUCCUAAAAACAAAGAUACACUUAUACAGAACCUCAGCAUAACUAUCAAAAUCAGGAAAUUAACAUUGAAAUAAUGUCAUUUGCUGAUCAAAUUUUCCCACUAAUAAUGUCUUUUACAGGAAAAGAAAACCCUGAUUACGAGUGGCUUUCAUUUCAUCUCUCUUUAAUCUCCUUUAUUCUAGACGAGCUCCUCAGCCUUUUCUUCCACUUUGUGGAUGUGUCCCUCGAUUGGGGUUUGUCGGAUGUUUGCUCAUUCACAGAUCAGGUACGAAUCUGGGCGGGAAUACUUCGGAAAUUGUGUUCUUCUUGGUUGUCACGUUUUGAGGUACCUGCUCUUGCUUUGUUCCGUCACAGAUGUUAACUUCAUUUCCAGGUUAACCCUGGUGUCUGGCAGGUUUCUCCUGUGAAUACACGAUUUCCCUUUGUUAUUAAGCGUCCCCGGGGGAGAUAUGUGGAGACUACUUCUCUAUUCUAUAUGCUGUUUGUCAUCAAAUAUUCACUCACUAGUCCUUCUUUAACUUGUGUGUUAAAUGGGCUUACAUUUUUGACAUGGGGCGGCUUACGGUGAGUAAGGAGAGAUUCUGGGUUCGGUGUGCUAGCUGGAGCACAAGCGUGAUAGUUCCAAUUGUCUGCUCAUUUGGCUGGGUGAAACCUGAACGCAGUGUGGAAUGAAGUUGACGUGCAAGGAUUCCUUUACGUGCCAGAAAGAAUGGAAAGGCUUAGGGACGCAGGCCUUUAUCGUGUGCAGCCCACCGCCCCCUGACUUUCCCUCCAGAAGCACACGGAGCUCUCCCCUCCCCAAGGCACUGAGACAGACGUUGGUGAGGAGGUGCCCGAAUCCUGGGGAAGCGCUGGGGUGGCUGUCUUCCGGGGGUCGGGGUAAAGGGGCUUCUUGACUGCCGUGGAGGGUUCGGGUCCUGCAGAGGUCAAGUAACAGCUCUUCACUGCCCAAAUCAAAGCGGGUGCAGUGGCCUCAGUUUGCAGGAGAGUUGGUGGUAAUCAGAAUGGCUUGACCCACAGGAACUUUUGGUGGCGGUGAACCGUCACAUGAUUCCUGGGGCCGAAAUGGAUGGGGAGCCCCCUCAGGGCCCACUUGGUCCAUUUGGCUGAAAUAACUAAACUCUCAGCUGAGUGCACAGAGCCAGCCUUGAACCGCUGGGCUAGAGGUCGCAGCCGCUCGCUCAGGGAUCAGACACGACUCAGUUCGCAGACCCAGGGCCCUCUGAGUUCAGGACAGGUCGGGUGUUUCUGGGGAGGGAUCCUGCACCAGCACCACAAGUAUUAAAAAAAGUCCUCCCAGCCUUUCUGAAAAAACCUGCAGCCACACUCCCCAGACUGCGUGCGCACGGGGGAAGGAAAAUACUCAGACCUUGAGGAGGACACUGACCCCGAAGCAAGGCUGAUCCUCAGGAGAGGCCUCGCCAGAAACCGACCCUGCCAGCACCUUAACCUUGGACUUCCCGCCUCCACAACUGUGAGGAAGUGCCCUUCUGUCAUCGAAGGCCCCAGUCUGUGGCACUGUGUUAUGCCAGCCCUAGGCGACUAACGUGAGGCCGCCCUCAAGCGUGUCCUCAGCAUCCAUGUGAGCCACCCGAGGAGGCAGCUCACCCUCUGAAUGCACCAAUCCCGCUGCACUCCUGUCCUUCCACUUGCAUUUCUGGUUUUAUGGGGAAGUCCCUAAGACAAGUUGAUGGACGAAUGAAAAAUAGAGCCUGGGGUACAGAUGAUUCUGCAUGCUGCGCUGGUAUCGGCUGGAAGAGGAUGGACAGCAUCACCGCCCUGCUGGAGCUGGCCCUAACGGACAGCGGGGAAGGGAAAUCGUCCAGGGGCCACUGGAGCAGUAGAGUUGGUUAGCCACUUUUCCUGGAAGGAGAGUUGACUAUUUGUCUACACUGAUGAUCAGGGACUUAGAAGGCAGAGGUCUGGAGGAUCAGGGUGAAGGGGGCCUGGGGAAAGAAGUAUGGGACAGACAGACCUUUUGGAAUAGGCCCAGAUGUGAAAAUAUUUGUUCCAUGUACCUGCUCCCCAAAUGCUCCCACUGUGUGGGAGGUGCUCAGUAUUGGGUGGGUGAGACGCCCCACUCCACAGAUGCCGGCGCUGCUUUCUCCGGUCAUCCCAGUCUUUGCACGAAAAGCUCCUGAAAGAAGUGGCGAUGGUGGCAUGGAUGGAGAGUGGAUCUGGGUCUAACAAUAUCAGUCUCUCCCCACCAAGGCCGAUCGGCUACUGCUGCUGCUGAGUGCCCAAUCGAUCAGCAGCUGAGACCAACACGGUGGCACCACACCCCGGGGGACCAGCCAAUCAUCUAGUAGCAAAUUGAUUCCAUUGGACCUCAGCGGAGUAGCCGCUUAGCCUGCGUGUGCUUUUUCCUUCCCUGCCCACCAGGCUUGCACCAGGAACCCCAUCCUGAGUCUAACCGAGUGCUUUCUUCACCCGUCUACCCACCGCUGCCUCUGACCAAGGAACCAAAGAAGUGUGAGAAGGGGCUGACACGCAGGGGACGUAGGUCUCACUCUGUCUGUCAUCUGGAAGGGCAGACAAGGUUGGAAUGGCCUAAUUAAAGGUGCCAUCGGGUGCUGGUUGGGAGAACAAGGCUUGCAAGGCUGAGUUUCUGUGUCAUCAGAGAUGCUCGUAGCCAGCAAUCAAUAAACGGUCCCGGUAUUCCUGUGGCCGGAAGGCAGGGGUGCAGAAGGAAGCAGUAAGAGUGGGAGGGCCACCUCUCACUCUCACACUCAAGGAUCCACUUGCAGAAGGACCUGCUCUCAGUGCCCCCAACUCUGGGAUCUGCUGGUUUACCAUCUUGGUAUCUGGCGAAGGAAUGCAUUCCACGAGGGAACAUCUUACCCUGCACACAGGUUUUCAUAAAACAUUUACCCUUCCCGUGGGCCACAUUAUUCACUCAUUUAACUCCUCCAGAAACUCGGAGAGGUGGGUAUUGGCAUUCUUCCUACUUCACAGACGGACACUCAGACCAGAGCAGGGAGAGGUGGUGGAGCUGGGAUCCUGACGCCAGCAGGCCCCGGAGGCCACGGCUUAACCACGGAUUUGUGCAUCUGAAUCGGGAGCAACGAGAUGAUUUGCUCCACGCGAGGCUCCGCAGCGCAUUUCCUCUCCUCCGGGCGGUGGAAGGCAGCAUUUGGAGAUGGGAAGCCGAGAGUUAACGGUUAAAACACACGUGCGAGCCUCCUGCGCUGCUUCAUGGCUGCUAAUAUCCAACAUGAAGCGUGGGUGAGUAAUUCUUGCGUGAACGUCCCUCGGAAACCCGUGGCGCUGGGUGCUGGUCAGUGCGGGGUGGACAGAGGCUGGCCUUUCUCUCUUCCCCUCCCUCCGCACUCUCUCCACAGCAGCCGGGGUUAUUUUUAGCAACGUCGUUUCCUGAUUUUACUAGACCGCAAACCUGCUCCUUAAAAGAAUAAGAUGAGCAAAAAGGAAAAAGAGGUGGGGUUGGGGGUGUCGCGGAGCCGCGCGGCCCGGGAGCGCGGAGUGUCGGGGGAGGGCCCUGGGUUUGGGGCGCCCGCCCGCGGUGACGCGCGCCCCCCGCCCGCCGCAGCGCCACUGCAAUGGCCGAGCGGGGCCGUCGGACGCCGCCGCCCGGAGCCCGUGCGCCCGCGGGAAGCCUCGGUGAGUGAGACCAUGUAGCAGAGCCGCAGCGAGGUGACAGCUGCCCGAGCUUGGUGUGCACAGCCCAGCCCAGACGAGCGACCCGCCCAGGCGGCCCUUGGCCACCCUCACCAUGUCCAAGAAGGGCUCAGGCGGCCGAGGCAAAGGGGACAAGGCUGAAGUCCUCGCCGCACUGCAGGCCGCCAAUGAGGAGCUGCGGGCCAAGCUCACCGACAUCCAGAUUGAGCUGCAGCAGGAGAAGAGCAAGGUCAGCAGAGUGGAGAGGGAGAAGAACCAGGAGCUGAAGCAGGUGCGGGAGCAUGAGCAGCACAAGAAUGCCGUGCUGCUCACGGAGCUCAAGACCAAGCUGCACGAGGAGAAGAUGAAGGAGCUGCAGGCCGUGCGUGAGACGCUGCUGCGGCAGCACGAGGCAGAGCUGCUGAGGGUCAUCAAGAUCAAGGACAACGAGAACCAGCGGCUGCAGGCGCUGCUGCACGGCCUGCGUGAUGGCGCCCCCGACAAGGUCAAGACCGUGCUGCUGUCCGAGGCGAAGGAGGAGGCCAAGAAGGGGUUUGAGGUGGAGAAGAUAAAAAUGCAGCAGGAGAUCUCUGAGCUCAAGGGAGCCAAGAAGCAGGUGGAGGAGGCGCUGACGCUGGCGAUCCAGGCCGACAAGGUCAAGGCCGCGGAAAUCAGGAGUGUGUACCACCUGCACCAGGAGGAGAUCUCCCGCAUCAAGAAGGAGUGCGAACGGGAGAUCCGCAGGCUGAUGGAGGAGAUAAAAUUUAAAGACAGAGCAGUCUUCGUGCUGGAGAGAGAGUUAGGGGUUCAAGCCGGGCAUGCUCAGAGACUGCAGCUCCAAAAAGAGGCUUUAGAUGAGCAGCUGUCCCAGGUCAAAGAGGCUGAUCGGCACCUGGGCAGCCCCAGACGGGAACUUCCUUAUGCAAGUGGUGCAGGAGACGCCUCAGACCACUCGGGAAGCCCUGAACAGCAGUUGGAUGAAAAGGAUGCUCGGCGCUUCCAGCUUAAAAUUGCAGAGUUAAGUGCAAUCAUUCGGAAACUUGAGGACCGAAAUGCCUUGCUGUCAGAAGAAAGGAACGAGCUGCUAAAGCGUUUAAGAGAAGCUGAAAGUCAGUACAAGCCAUUGCUGGAUAAAAACAAGCGCCUUACUCGGAAAAAUGAAGACCUGUCCCACACUUUACGUCGAAUGGAAAACAAGUUAAAAUUUGUCACCCAGGAGAACAUAGAAAUGAGACAAAGAGCCGGAAUCAUAAGGAGACCCAGUUCCUUAAACGAUCUGGAUCAAAGUCAAGAUGAAAGAGAAGUUGACUUCUUGAAACUUCAAAUUGUGGAGCAGCAGAACCUCAUAGACGAGCUUUCCAAGACCCUGGAAACCGCCGGCUACGUGAAGAGUGUGUUAGAGCGUGAUAAGCUUUUAAGAUAUCGGAAACAAAGAAAGAAAAUGGCGAAACUCCCCAAGCCGGUUGUCGUGGAAACCUUCUUUGGAUACGACGAAGAGGCUUCCCUGGAAUCCGACGGUUCUUCCAUCUCUUAUCAAACGGACAGGACGGACCAGACCCCGUGCACCCCAGAGGAUGACCUGGAAGAGGGCAUGGCCAAAGAGGAGACGGAGCUGAGGUUCCGGCAGCUGACCAUGGAGUACCAGGCCCUGCAGCGAGCGUACGCCUUGCUGCAGGAGCAGGUCGGAGGGACGCUGGACGCAGAGCGAGAAGUUAAGACCCGUGAGCAGCUACAAGCAGAAGUGCAGAGGGCCCAGACGCGGAUAGAAGACCUUGAGAAGACGCUGGCCGAGCAGGGGCAGGAUAUGAAGUGGAUUGAAGAGAAGCAAGCUCUGUAUCGGAGAAACCAAGAGCUUGUUGAGAAGAUUAAACAAAUGGAGACGGAAGAGGCUCGGUUAAAACACGAGGUCCAGGAUGCAAAAGACCAAAAUGAGCUGCUGGAGUUCCGGAUCCUAGAGCUGGAGGAGAGGGAGAGGAAGUCGCCCGCCAUCAACUUCCACCACACCCCCUUCGUGGACGGCAAGAGCCCCCUCCAAGCGUACUGCGAGGCGGAAGGCGUGACGGACAUCCUGGUCACAGAGCUGAUGAAGAAGCUCGACAUCCUGGGGGAUAACGCCGUAAGUAAUCUGACCAAUGAGGAGCAAGUAGUCAUCAUACAAGCCAGGACGGUCCUAACCUUGGCUGAAAAGUGGCUCCAGCAGAUUGAAGAGACGGAGUCAGCUCUGCAGCGGAAGAUGGUGGACCUGGAGAGCGAGAAGGAGCUGUUCAGUAAACAGAAGGGCUACCUGGAUGAGGAGCUGGACUACAGGAAGCAGUCCUUGGACCAAGCUCACAAACACAUCCUGGAGCUGGAAGCCAUGCUGUACGACGCCUUGCAGCAGGAGGCCGGGGCCAAGGUGGCCCAGUUGCUGUCAGAGGAGGAGCGCGAGAAGCUUAAGGUGGCCGUGGAGCAGUGGAAGCGCCAGGUCAUGAGCGAGCUGCGCGAGCGGGACGCCCAGAUCCUGCGGGAGCGCAUGGAGCUACUGCAGCUGGCGCAGCAGAGGAUUAAAGAGUUAGAAGAAAGAAUAGAAGCUCAGAAGAGACAAAUAAAGGAACUGGAGGAAAAGCCUUCAUUCUGUGGUCAUAGCUCUCCUGGGCACCCCGACGUGCCCCCAGAGCAGCUGGAUCCCGUUCCUCCAGCUGGACCAGAGAGCAGGGGGUUCCCAGGCAGCCAGACGAGGUGCCCCGUCUCACCUCUGAAGAUCCAAGAGGGUCUGGUCUCUGCGGACCCCCUCCUGACGAGGAAGAGGGAGAAAGGGGGGCUUUGAGCACCUCUGGGUGGGCAACUGCCCCCUUUGAUGAGCCAGAAUUAGAACUAGCUUUCUGACCGGGCCCCUCUGCAAGAGGCCUGGUCUUGGCUGCUGGACCCUGGGUCCCUCCUCGGACGCAGCCUCCAUCCCAGCUACAGGGAUGUGCGAGUUCCCUGCUGAGCAGGUGCAGAGAGCCGCUUCUGUGCAGGAGCGCAAGCGAACCCGG